AAAAGAACGAACUUUUUUCCCGAGACUUUAAAGCAGACUUCCCUCCUUUAGGAUCCUCCUAGUACUAAUGUAACACAUUUCCUUUUCUGGAGGGAAACUUCAGGACAUGGCAUACGUGAGUCAGAAAAUGGGUAAGAAGAGUCGAGUCAAAACUCAGAAAUCAGGCACCGGUGCUACAGCAACUGUGUCCCCCAAAGAGAUCUUGAACCUGACCAGUGAACUGCUGCAGAAGUGCAGCAGCCCUGCACCCAGCCCAGGAAAAGAGUGGGAAGAGUAUGUGCAGAUCCGCGCUCUCGUCGAGAAAAUACGGAAAAAGCAAAAAGGUCUGUCUGUUACUUUUGAUGGAAAAAGAGAAGAUUACUUUCCUGAUCUAAUGAAAUGGGCCUCUGAAAAUGGGGCUUCUGUCGACGGGUUUGAGAUGGUUAACUUCAAAGAAGAAGGCUUUGGUUUGAGAGCGACGAGAGAGAUCAAGGCAGAAGAAUUAUUUUUAUGGGUUCCACGAAAAUUACUAAUGACUGUUGAAUCUGCUAAAAAUUCAGUGUUGGGGCCCCUGUAUUCUCAAGACCGCAUUCUUCAAGCCAUGGGAAAUAUUGCACUGGCCUUUCAUCUGCUGUGUGAGCGAGCCAGCCCUAACUCUUUCUGGCAGCCCUACAUUCAGACCCUGCCCAGCGAGUACGACACUCCUCUCUACUUCGAAGAAGAUGAAGUUCGGUAUCUGCAGUCAACACAAGCUAUACAUGAUGUCUUCAGCCAGUAUAAGAACACAGCCCGGCAGUACGCCUAUUUCUAUAAAGUUAUCCAGACCCAUCCUCAUGCCAACAAGCUGCCCUUGAAGGAUUCUUUCACUUAUGAGGACUACAGGUGGGCAGUCUCUUCUGUUAUGACACGACAAAACCAAAUUCCCACAGAGGACGGUUCCCGCGUGACCCUGGCUCUGAUUCCUUUGUGGGACAUGUGCAAUCACACCAACGGCCUGAUCACUACGGGCUACAACCUGGAAGACGACCGCUGCGAGUGUGUGGCCCUGCAGGACUUCCGGCCUGGGGAGCAGAUUUACAUUUUUUAUGGCACUCGGUCAAAUGCAGAGUUUGUGAUCCACAGUGGUUUUUUCUUUGACAAUAAUUCACACGACAGAGUGAAAAUAAAGCUUGGAGUGAGCAAAAGCGACAGGCUGUACGCCAUGAAGGCCGAGGUCCUGGCUCGCGCUGGCAUCCCAACUUCCAGUGUUUUUGCGUUGCACUUUACGGAUCCGCCCAUCUCUGCCCAGCUGCUGGCUUUUCUCCGGGUGUUCUGCAUGACCGAAGAAGAGCUGAAGGAGCACUUGCUGGGAGACAGUGCAAUCGAUCGGAUCUUCACCUUGGGUAACUCCGAAUUUCCAGUUAGCUGGGACAAUGAGGUCAAACUUUGGACGUUUCUCGAAGACAGAGCUUCGCUUCUUUUAAAAACAUAUAAAACAACAAUCGAGGAAGAUAAGUCUGUCUUGAAAAGCCGUGACCUUUCUGUCCGUGCAACAAUGGCCAUCAAGUUGCGCUUAGGCGAGAAAGAGAUUUUGGAGAGAGCGGUCAGGAGUGCGGCUGCCAACCGGGAGUACUACCGCAGACAGGUGGAGGGGAAGGCUCCACUUCCCAGAUACGAGGACAGUAACCUUGGGCUGCUGGAGAGCAGCAUGGGGGACUCGAGGCUCCCCCUGGUCCUGAGAACCCUGGAGGAGGAGGCUGGCGUGCAGGAGGCCUUCAACAGCAGAGAGGCCGCCAGCAAAGCGAAGGCUGCGGAGAACGGGCUCGUAAAUGGUGAAAACUCUAUCCCCAACGGGACCAGGUCUGAGAGUGGAAGUUCAAAUCCAGAAGAAAGCGAAAGAGCCGUUGAAGAUGCCAAAGGACCUUCUUCAGGCAGCACUGCAGGGGUGGGAGAGGCGCUCUGAGCUGGAGCUCUGUCAGGCAGAUUCCGGUUGGCGAGUUGAUGGGCAGUCUGUGACAUCGCUGCGUUUCCCUGUUAACAUUUUCUUUCCGCAGAGAGGAAAAUACGUUUUUGCUGCUUUAUAUAAUAUAAAAUGAUUUUUUUAAGUUAUUUUAAAAAUCUAGCUCCCUUUUGGAUUAAGAUUGCCAUCUUGCUUCUAGGCAAAAUAAACAAGGUAGCAAACAGCCACACAAAGGGGAAGAGGUGCCUUCGGAAGAUUUUGCAGACCCAUCGUGGGCAGAUGUACUUUCUUCCCAGGAAGGAAGAACUCCGUUCCUCCCUCAGCUGUGGCCGAGUGGAAGCUGCCCUGCCUCCUGCAGUGAGAGUGGACGCGGGACUCUGGGUGUUCAGCGAGGAGGGGCAGUGGCAUAGUGGAGAAGCAGGAGUGGGUCAGGAAACUAUAGCGUCUGGGCAAAAUCUUUUGUUUUUCUCCUUAAAACAAACAAACAAAAACCCCAGUACCAAAAGCAAAGGUAAGGUGGCAACCUUAUUUUUAAUAGUUCUAAAUGUCGAUGAUAAUCCUAAUUAUAUAAAUAUAUACACACACACCUCUCUCUCUAGUGAUUUCUGAAGAUUGGUUUGUUCCUCAUGUUUUGUUUUAGUGUAUUAAGAAUUUGUUCUUUCUCCUUGAGUCAAAGUAGACAUGCAUCAGCCUCCUAAUUCUAAAUGCUGGCUCUGGUUUGAAGUGGUGCGUUGGCUCCCCGGCGUCCGGAGAGGAGUGUUUGCAAGCACGCUGCGGCCCACAGCUCUGUGUGGCUGGCCAGAGGGAGGCGGCGCCCCGGCUUUUCUGGUUUUCACAACAAGCUAGAUUUUCAAAGCUACACUUUUGAGUAAAAACCCUUAUUAAAAGGAAAACAUGAUUAA